GGCGGCCGCGGCUUAUCUCGCAUGAUUUCUCCUGCUCCCUCUCAGUCUGAGUGAUGUCAAUAGGUAGUGCAGCAGCUGUGCAAGGCAAGUGAGCUCUGCCUUGUCACCUCCAGUCCACUGUCCUAUGCUGAGCCGCUCCACUCUAUGACUCUGAACUGAGUCUGACUGUAACACUGACACCACUGAUUCACUGAGUAGUAAAAUAAGUAAAUAGUUGAGUUUAGUUGCGUUGCAGCAGGCACAGGACCACCACGCAAGAAGCAAGAUCAUUAAGGCGGCUGCCUAUGCUGCCAAAUACAAAACGCCAGCCCUGGUUUUGAAGAGUUUUUUUGAUUUCCCUUGGAAACCAGAAAUUAAAGAAAUACCUCUGCCACAUAUUUUUAUCAAUAAAUCAGCCACUUUGAUGUGUACAGUUUCUAACGUAUUCCCUGAUUUUCUAAAUAUGAAGUGGUCAAGAAAAGAAAUGGAUGGUAAAGAAUGUUUCCCUUUAUCUGACUGUGACAAAUAUAAGAUUCCUAAUACCCAGCAAGAGAAGCAGAGAGACGGCACAUUCAUCUAUAAAUCACGGUUAACUUUUACUCCAUCUGUGAAAAAUGAUCUAGGAGCUGAGUUCAUCUGUGAAGUGGAUCAUCCUAGAUUAAAAAAAAGAAAACGGAAAUCAACAGGGCCCCUCCAAAUAAAAGCAUUUCCAGAAGUAAAGGAUAUUUGUCAUCCUGAGGAUGGGAUCUUUACUUUGGAAGUUGAUGCUUUUUACCCUGAAAAAAAUACUAUAUCAUGGAAACUGACUCUGGAUUCAUCAAAAGAAGAGGAUAUAACACAAAAUAACUCUUCUGUUAAAUCUGAAAUGUAUGAAAAUGGCAGCUACAGAGCUUUAAGCACCUGUGACUUGAGGAAAAAUGAUUUAAUUGAGGGGAAAUCAUAUUCUGUAACAGCCACAGUGUACCAUGAGACGCUCGACUCUGCUAUUCAUAGAUCAUUUAAAAUGGAAAGAGCAGGGACUUCUCCAUUGAAUCAAGAAAAGAGCCAAGAAUGUCCCUCACCAGCUAUGCAAGGCAAUAUCAGUCCUUCAAACCCUCAAACAGAUCACCAGAAGUUCAUUGUAAAUACUAUACAGGGACCUCAGGUUUGGUCCAAUGGGGAAAAGGUUUAUCUGUAUUUAACAGCCUCUUACUGCACUAAGGAUGUGACGGUGACCUGGAAUAUAACAGAGAGAGAUGGCAGCGUAUGGGAAAUACCUGACACAGCAACAGAACAGACCAGCAAUACAAAUAGAUUGUCUAGUGGAUAUGAAGCAACAAGAGAGAGCACAGAUAAGUCAGACAAAGAGGGGCUUCUAGACAUUGUGAGUUGUCUGACAGUUGUACCCUCUGUGUCUAAACAUUCAGCAAUGACUCUGUCAUGUAAAGUCAUCUGUGAAGGAGAAGUGAAGGAAAAACAAUAUACAUUACAAUCUAUUCAUGCAAAACCAACAUUCCUGGACCCUGUAAAAUUAAGUCUGUGUGACUCAGGAGAGGUGAUGUACUCAAUAAAUCUGCUGGGAUUUUAUCCAAAAGAUAUUGAUAUUUGCUGGGAAUGUGGAACCGACGAGUCACUAAAAAGACUUCAAUCCCAAGAACAACUACAACGAAAUCCUGAUAUGACAUUUAAAGUCCAGAGUGAGUGUAAAGUUCCAGGAAAUUCUCUCAAAGGUCAGAACUUUAAAGUGCGAGUAACCUGGAAGCACAGCUCUAUAGAUGUGAUGGAAUUCAGAGAAAUGUCUUCAACAAAUGCAGACUUUCCUUGGCGACCUGAAAUACAAGAAAUCCCCAUAUCUCAUGUAAUAAAUGGCAGAGAGGUCACAGUGCAGUACAACAUCUAUAAAUAUUUCCCUGAUGCUCUGACUGUGAGAUGGUUUAGGAAGGAGAGAGGAGGUCAGGAGCUGUUUCCGUUAUCUCACUCUGAGAACCUCAGAAUGUCAGAUCUCACACACAACAAGCAGUCGGAUAACACAUACACCUGUACAGCUUGUUUGUUAUUUACUCCAUCACUGAGCUCAGACCAAGGAGCAGAAUUUAUCUGCAGAGUGGAACAUCCCAGCCUGAAACAACCAAUAGAAAGAGGAACUGGAGCUCUUGUAAUUAUGUCUAAGCCAAAUAUUACAGGUCCUUUAAAAUUAAACAUUUGUGACCCCAACAGCCUGACGUGUACUCUGAAUCUGACAAAAUUAUACCCUAAAGAUAUCCAGAUCACAUGGCUCUAUAGAAGCGGACAAUACUCACAGGAGCUGUCAUCAGAAUCAGUAUCUGAAGAGUGUGCAGAUCACACAUUUAAUGUAACAAGUACUUGUACAAUUCCUGUACAUCUCUUCAUAGAUCCAACCUCUAACAUUUGUGUUAAAUGGAAACAUGAGUCUAUGGAUAAACCAGAAUCCAAAGUACUUUCUAUAAAAGAUCCAGACUUUCCUUGGCGACCUGAAAUACAAGAAAUCCCCAUAUCUCAUGUAAUAAAUGGCAGAGAGGUCACAGUGCAGUACAACAUCUAUAAAUAUUUCCCUGAUGCUCUGACUGUGAGAUGGUUUAGGAAGGAGAGAGGAGGUCAGGAGCUGUUUCCGUUAUCUCACUCUGAGAACCUAAGAAUGUCAGAUCUCACACACAAGAAGCAGUCGGAAAACACAUACACCUGUACAGCUUGUUUGUUAUUUACUCCCUCACUGAGCUCAGACCAAGGAGCAGAAUUAAUCUGCAGAGUGGAACAUCCCAGCCUGGAACAACCAAUAGAAAGAGGAACUGGAGCUCUUGUAGUUAUGUCUAAGCCAAAUAUUACAGGUCCUUUAAAAUUAAACAUUUGUGACCCCAACAGCCUGACCUGUACUCUGAAUCUGACAAAAUUAUACCCUAAAGAUAUCCAGAUCACAUGGCUCUAUAGAAGCGGCCAAUACUCACAGGAGCUGUCAUCCGAAUCAGUAUCAGAGUGUGCAGAUCACACAUUUAAUGUAACAAGUACUUGUACAAUUCCUGUAAAUCUCUUCAUAGAUCCAACCUCUAACAUUUGUGUUAAAUGGAAACAUGAGUCUAUGGAUGAACCAGAAUCCAAAGUACUUUCUAUAAAAGAUCCAGACUUUCCUUGGCGACCUGAAAUACAAGAAAUCCCCAUAUCUCAUGUAAUAAAUGGCAGAGAGGUCACAGUGCAGUACAACAUCUAUAAAUAUUUCCCUGAUGCUCUGACUGUGAGAUGGUUUAGGAAGGAGAGAGGAGGUCAGGAGCUGUUUCCGUUAUCUCACUCUGAGAACCUAAGAAUGUCAGAUCUCACACACAAGAAGCAGUCGGAAAACACAUACACCUGUACAGCUUGUUUGUUAUUUACUCCCUCACUGAGCUCAGACCAAGGAGCAGAAUUAAUCUGCAGAGUGGAACAUCCCAGCCUGGAACAACCAAUAGAAAGAGGAACUGGAGCUCUUGUAGUUAUGUCUAAGCCAAAUAUUACAGGUCCUUUAAAAUUAAACAUUUGUGACCCCAACAGCCUGACCUGUACUCUGAAUCUGACAAAAUUAUACCCUAAAGAUAUCCAGAUCACAUGGCUCUAUAGAAGCGGCCAAUACUCACAGGAGCUGUCAUCCGAAUCAGUAUCAGAGUGUGCAGAUCACACAUUUAAUGUAACAAGUACUUGUACAAUUCCUGUAAAUCUCUUCAUAGAUCCAACCUCUAACAUUUGUGUUAAAUGGAAACAUGAGUCUAUGGAUGAACCAGAAUCCAAAGUACUUUCUAUAAAAGAUCCAGACUUUCCUUGGCGACCUGAAAUACAAGAAAUCCCCAUAUCUCAUGUAAUAAAUGGCAGAGAGGUCACAGUGCAGUACAACAUCUAUAAAUAUUUCCCUGAUGCUCUGACUGUGAGAUGGUUUAGGAAGGAGAGAGGAGGUCAGGAGCUGUUUCCGUUAUCUCACUCUGAGAACCUAAGAAUGUCAGAUCUCACACACAAGAAGCAGUCGGAAAACACAUACACCUGUACAGCUUGUUUGUUAUUUACUCCCUCACUGAGCUCAGACCAAGGAGCAGAAUUCAUCUGCAGAGUGGAACAUCCCAGCCUGGAACAACCAAUAGAAAGAGGAACUGGAGCUCUUGUAGUUAUGUCUAAGCCAAAUAUUACAGGUCCUUUAAAAUUAAACAUUUGUGACCCCAACAGCCUGACGUGUACUCUGAAUCUGACAAAAUUAUACCCUAAAGAUAUCCAGAUCACAUGGCUCUAUAGAAGCGGACAAUACUCACUGGAGCUGUCAUCAGAAUCAGUAUCUGAAGAGUGUGCAGAUCACACAUUUAAUGUAACAAGUACUUGUACAAUUCCUGUAAAUCUCUUCAUAGAUCCAACCUCUAACAUUUGUGUUAAAUGGAAACAUGAGUCUAUGGAUGAACCAGAAUCCAAAGUACUUUCUAUAAAAGAUCCAGACUUUCCUUGGCGACCUGAAAUACAAGAAAUCCCCAUAUCUCAUGUAAUAAAUGGCAGAGAGGUCACAGUGCAAUUCAACAUCUCUAAAUAUUUCCCUGAUGCUCUGACUGUGAGAUGGUUUAGGAAGGAGAGAGGAGGUCAGGAGCUGUUUCCGUUAUCUCACUCUGAGAACCUCAGAAUGUCAGAUCUCUCACACAACAAGCAGUCGGAUAACACAUACACCUGUACAGCUUGUUUGUUAUUUACUCCAUCACUGAGCUCAGACCAAGGAGCAGAAUUUAUCUGCAGAGUGGAACAUCCCAGCCUAGAACAACCAAUAGAAAGAGGAACUGGAGCUCUUGUAGUUAUGUCUAAGCCAAAUAUUACAGGUCCUUUAAAAUUAAACACUUGUGACCCCAACAGCCUGAUGUGUUCUCUGAAUCUGACAAAAUUAUACCCUAAAGAUAUCCAGAUCACAUGGCUCUGUAGAAGCGGACAAUACUCACCACAGCUGUCAUCAGAAUCAGUAUCUGAAGAGUGUGCAGAUCACACAUUUAAUGUAACAAGUACUUGUACAAUUCCUGUAUAUCUCUUCAAAGAUCCAACGUCUAACAUUUGUGUUGAAUGGAAACAUGAGUCUAUGGAUAAACCAGAAUCCAAAGUACUUUCUGUAAAAGAUCCAGGUUUCCCUUGGCGACCACAAAUAGAAGAUAUUGUCAUUCCUACUCUCUUACCUAAUGUCAGAUUACAAUGUAAAAUCUCACAUUAUUUCCCUGAUGUGCUGACUGUAACGUGGUUUAAGAGAAAGAAAGGACAGCAGGAGAGACAGCUGGUUCCUAAUGAAAAGUACAACAUUCCUGAUAUUCAGUCUGUAAUACAGGCAGAUCAGUCCUACACCUGCACAGCACAUGUGACCUACACACCGUCAGUUCAUGCAGAGCAAGAAGCAGAAUUUAUUUGUAAAGUGGAUCAUCCGAGUCUUGUCCGACCAAUAACUAAAUGCACAGGAAUGUUACAGCUUGCAAAAAUGACAGAUCUUUCUUUACAAAAAGGAAAAGAGAAAAGAAAACGUGAUUUUAAUCAGACUGACCAAGACAAUCAAGUGCUGGAAACAACAGAUUACAACACUUUGAAAAAGGCUAAAAGUGAAUCUCCUCAGCACCAUUUACAGAUGGGAGAAAUACAGACACAAGUAUCUGUGUCCACAGAAGACCAAGACGAAAUGGAUACACAUGAUGAAUAAAGAGUUUAUAAUAUUA